AAACCUUGCAAAAUGUGCUACGUACUCAUGCCCCUGCCAUUGCUCACCAAACCACAACAUGUAUACAAUACAACACGGCAUGGCCGGAUCGGAUCGGAUUGAUGACUCGAGUAGUUGCAGCACGCUCCAUCCAUGGCUCUUCUCUUCUCCUCCUCCUCCUCCUCCCUCUUUAAUAGGAUAGGAGUAUCUAUAUAUACAACUAGCUAGCUAGCUAGGUGCAGCUGAUCUGUUGUGCUAGCUAUAGAGAUACACCACCGAUGAUGAUGGCUCGCUCCCGUUGCCGGCUCGCUGGGGCCGCCACCUUGCUGCUCCUCAUCCUCGUGGCUGCCGGCGGAGCAGCAUCGGCGGCGCCCGAGGUGGAGGGGAAGAGUAUCAAGGCCGUCGCGCGGACGCAGGAGGAGGACGUCGUCGUCGCCACCAGCACCAGCACCGGCACCGGACCCUCCUCGCCGCCGUCGUCACCCACUCCGGGAGCGGGAGGAGAGAAGGAGGGGGGCAAGGGGGACAACAACAACAGCGGCAGCAAGGACAAGGAAAAGGCCAAGAACAAAUGCGUGACGAGUAAGGACUGCCACCUCAAGCGCCUGGUGUGCGCCAAGAAAUGCACCAUGGCCGCGCACAAGAAAUGCGCCGCCAAGUGCUCCCGCUCCUGCACCGGCGGUCUCCCCAUCUGCACCUAGCUACCUACCUUCUUUCCUUCUUGCCUCAUCAUCAGACUAUAUAAUAUACAUAUAUGUAUUAGAUACCUUAUUGACCAAGAAUAAGCUGGAGUCGUAGCUGAUCAUUAAUUAUGUAGCUCAGCUGCUCCUUAAUCUCCUUCAAUUAAUUUUGUCACUGCUGGAUUAAUUGAUAUAAUUGCAUUGUUUGUAAA